AUGGCAUCAGCAGCUGCCACCAAGGCAAUGGAGCCUCUCACAAUGUAUAUUGUCGUUAGAAAAGAUCUUUCAAAGUCUUUGGGCUGGAAGACUGGCAGCGUGAUAUCUCAAGGAUGCCAUGUCAGCGUAGCAGUCUUGGAAAGAUCCCGACACGAGAGCAAUACGCAAGCAUAUUUACAGGAUUUGGAAAAUAUGCGGAAAGUAGUAUUGGAGACCAAGGACGAGCAAUCUCUCAAAUCUCUAGCCGCCGUCCUGGAGCAGAAUGAUGUUACUCACCACGUUUGGAUCGAGCAACCUGAAAACUUCCCUACCGCUUUGGCAACAGGACCUAUACCAAACAGAACGGGAGAUGUUUUGGCAGCUUUCAAAAAAUACUGUUCGCUAUAUCGAUAG